UUCGCCCUCCCCCUCUAUCUCAACAAGAAUCAGGACACCCUACCCCUAGACAUGAAUGUGCAAAACAGAAGACAGAUUGGAUUCGUUUAACUCUAAUAAUGCCAUGUGUGUUAUUACACAGCUUUAAUGACUGCACAGUUGUGGAAAACAGUUCAAAUAAAGGAAAUCUGCAGUGAGAAACUUUAGUGUAGCGUAGGAGGUGUUGAGGCAGGAUGCAAGUGCGAGUUGCUUUUAUUUAAGUGAGAUUCAACAGCGUCCAAAAACACAGUGGCAGAGGUCAGUAGAACAGAUAAAUCCAUGACAAGACAAAACAAAUUAAAACAGAACUACACCAGAAAUAAAAGCUACAAUCAGAGAAAGAGGCAACAGGGUAUACAGACAAUGCAAGACAAAGGGACUGAGCAAACACAGGGGUAUAAAUACUAACACAGAAAACGAGAAUCACCUGAGACCAAUGAGAAGGUGGGGCUAGGAGACAAAGAACAGGUGAAGACAGAUAGAGGAGCUAACAUAACAUCAAAAGCACAUGUCACAAGUAAACAAAGGCACAUGGCAGACAUACAAAAACACACAGCACUGGGAAACCAAGAAAUAGGCAAGAACAGAAAGAGCAGGACAAAAAGUGAACAGAUGUUACAUUUAUACUGAUGCUGUUCAUGUGUAUGUUUGAAAGAGAGAGUCUUUGAUUAAGAGCAUCAACUGACUGCUGGACUUCACACUGAGCCUUUUGUCUGUGUGAUGAUGUCACGCUGGUGCAAGGAGGAUACAGGAGCCGCGUGCGUACCAGCGCUCAGAUUUCCUGACGUGUUGAUAAACAGCAAACACACAUCAUGGCCUGCUGCAGGAUGGUGCCUACUGUUGUCCUGCUGCUCUGCAUCGUCUCCCUGGCUUUGGGCGCUGAAGUGGGCCUGAGUGGUAAGGUGUUGCUGUUCCCGUAUGAGACAGACUUCAGCUUUGUGAAGCUCACACCCCAGAAGCCCUUGGGCCUGUCUGCGUUCACUCUAUGUAUGCGGGUGGCCACCGAGCUGCAGGGAGAGCGGCAGAUCAUCCUGUUUGCCUACCGCACCCCCGACUACGAUGAGCUAAACGUGUGGCGCGAGAAAGACGGCCGCAUUUCCUUCUACCUGAGCGGAGACGGCGCUUUCUACCAUCUGCCUCCGCUCUCCACCUUCCGCACGCACCUGUGCCUCACUUGGGCGUCCCGCACCGGCCUGGCGGCUUUCUGGGUGGAUGGACGGCGCAGCGCCCUGCAGGUCUACAAACCGGGUCACAGCAUCCGAGACCGCGGGACCGCCCUGCUGGGACAGGACCCGGACAAGCACCUGGGAGACUUCGAGGCAGUGCAGAGCUUUGCCGGCGAGAUCACAGAUGUGAACAUGUGGGAUUAUGUGCUGUCAGGCAGCCAGAUUAAAGCGCUGUACUUCAACCAGAGGCAGCGCGUCCCACGAGGAAACGUCUUCGAUUGGAGCUCCAUCGAGUAUGAAAUCCAUGGAAACGUGAUGGUAGUGCAAGAUGACUGACUACACCCGGUCGACGUAGUGAACACACGCUCACACUCGCACUCACACUCACACACGUGUUGGCACGAGAUUGUAGCUCUAACAGUUUGUCUUCUGAGCUCAAAUGUUUAAUGUGUUGACCCUUAUUAUUGUCGCUUCCCUGUAUUAUAUAAAUAUAAUAACUUAUUCUCUAAUAAAUGACUUAGUCGUGUAAUGAAUUAC